AUGGCAAUUGAUGAUACUCUUGAAAGCAUAUCAAAAUUAAUCAGUUAUCACGAGCAAGGACAGAGUGAGGUAUACGAAAAGACGAUUCAACUGGAUAAUGGUAUGCGUCAAAUUGAUGAGGAAAUUACGAAAAUUCAUGAACAGAUAAGCCACACGCAACACAACAGCAGGCAUAUCAGGCGAAUAUUAAACGUUUGCGUAUUUCUUGAGAGCGAGAAAGGUGGUGAAGUGGAGCUGGAUAUAAGUUAUCAGGUGACCUGUGCUUCCUGGCACCCAACUUAUGAGAUACGUGUGCAGAGUGCAACAAAUACUUUGAAGCUAUCAUAUUUCGGGCAAAUUUCACAAUGCACUGGUGAAGAUUGGCUGGAUACAUCGCUGGUACUGAGCACAGCACGGCCAUCACUUGCUGGUACAAUGCCAACAUUGGGCACACUAAAUGCUGAAUUCUACAAACCACCUCCACGACGAAUCCAGCGUCCCCAUCGCUCAGCUCAGUGCGCACUUUUUGGAAGUAUACAACCAAUGAGGCAAGUGCAAAAAUGUCACAAACUUAAUUGA